AUGCAAAAAAGCGAGCAUGCAGUACCUGAUAAAUACACUUAUCAACCGCUUCUUAAGGCUUGUUCUAAUGAAUUAAAAUUGAAAGAAGGUGAAAUUGUUUAUGGAUCAGCAAUCUGGUGUGUGGUUAGUGAUGAUAUGCAUGUUGAUUCUAGGUUGAUUGAUUUUUAUGGUAAAUGCAAGGAGUUAUUAAGUGCACGUAACGUGUUUGAUGAAAUAUCUGACAGAAAUGUGGUUUCUUGGACAGCAAUGAUUGUUGGAUAUGCAAAUGUUAGGGAUUUGAAAAACGCUAAGAGUGUGUUUGAGAGAAUGCCAGAGAGGAAUUUACGGUCGUGGAAUGCAAUGAUUGGUGGGCCGAUCCAUGUAGGGGAUUUAAGCGGAGCGAGGAAGGUGUUUUAUGAAAUGGUUGAGAGAAAUGUUGUUUCGUUUACAGUUAUGAUUGAUAGGUAUGCAAAAGCUGGGGAUAUGGCGUUUGAGGAAGUUUCAGAAAAAGAUAUGCAAGGGCUUUGUUUGAGGAAGUUCCAUGGUCGGCAAUUUGGUCUGUCUUAG